AGCCCACGCGCUCUAAUCAACCCGCUAUUAGCUUGCAACGCAAUCCCCAAAGCUAAGCUUAAAACCCUUCUUCCUCCUCAAUCCAGUCCCGACAUCCUCCUCCUCUCCCUCCCGCGGCUGCUCCUCAGAGUGGUGUUCUUGCCGGAGACGGGAGAGGAACCAGGCAUGGGCGGGGGCGGAGAAGAGAAGCCGUUCAAUUUCCUCCAGGUUCUGUGUGAGGGCGUCAUAGCUGGAGGAACCGCUGGUGUUGUGGUGGAAACGGCUCUGUACCCGAUUGACACCAUCAAAACCAGGCUUCAGGCUGCUCGAGCUGGAAGUCAAAUUCAAUGGAAAGGCCUGUAUUCUGGACUGGGUGGAAAUCUUGUCGGUGUUCUACCGGCUUCUGCUUUGUUUGUGGGAAUAUAUGAACCAACAAAAAGGAAACUACUGGAUGUGUUUCCUGAAAAUUUAAGCGCAGUUGCUCAUCUUACUGCAGGAGCCGUUGGAGGUUUUGCUGCUUCUCUCAUUCGUGUCCCCACAGAGGUGGUCAAACAAAGAAUGCAAACUGGUCAAUUCAAGUCUGCGCCUGGCGCUGUUCGUCUCAUAGUUGGGAAAGAAGGAUUUAAAGGUCUUUACGCCGGUUAUGGCUCAUUUUUACUUCGAGAUCUUCCCUUUGAUGCCAUUCAGUUCUGCAUAUACGAGCAGCUUCGAAUUGGCUACAAGCUUGUGGCAAAGAGGGAGCUAAAUGAUCCAGAAAAUGCACUUAUUGGUGCUUUUGCCGGUGCGAUUACUGGCGCUAUAACAACACCCCUUGAUGUUCUGAAGACAAGGCUGAUGGUUCAGGGGCAAACAAAGCAAUACUCUGGAAUUGUAAGCUGUGCUAAGACUAUCUUGAGGGAGGAAGGCCCCGGGGCAUUCUUGAAGGGCAUCGAGCCACGAGUGCUGUGGAUCGGCAUCGGCGGUUCCAUCUUCUUCGGCGUGCUGGAGAAGACCAAGGCAGUGCUUGCUGAGAGGAGCAGCCGCAAGACACUGGCGAACAAGGACGAGUGAACCGACCAACGGUGCAUCUCCUGUUACAGUUCCAUAGGGCACACAAUCAAUCUUGCUUGAUUCGUCUCGUAAGUUUUGCUCUGAUUUUAUGUGCUGGGCUUGUGUUUCUUGUUCCAGAAUCAUAGGGAAUACGAUCAGUAUCAGUUCUUUUUAAUCUGAGAGGAGGGACGUGCUGUGCCACUCGUGUCAAAUUCUGUGUAGUACUCUUUGUCGAUUACUAAUUUUACUUACGCCAAAA